ACCUAAGGUCCCAACCACAGAGAGCUUGUUCCUUUGGAGGAUGGUUUGUUCCAUGGAGGAGAGAAUGUUUGUCAGGUUUGAAAGGAGUCUCAGUGCUGAAGAUUGGAGUACAGAGUGAGGAGUCAAUGCGAGCCGGUGUUAAAACUUUGGAAUCACUUAUGACAUCUGGAGUGCCAGAUUUGUUCCCAGUGGACAAGCCAUUCGUGAAGUCACCCUGCAUUAAAGAUGGUUCCUGAAGGAGUUGGAUGAAUUCUGCAGUGGGAAAAGGAAUUCUAGAAUCUGAGGUCAGCGGAGAAGGCCAGCGAGGACAAGCUACCAAGGAUUACAAGCUGACCCUGCAAAGAUGCUGUCAAGAUAGACUCCAGUGCACUCAGUUAGGAAGAAAAUGAUGUCAACUGAGAUUCUUCUCUGCCUGGUCACAGUUAUUUUGAAGCUGCAGAAGAGGAGUGUUGCAGGGAUCUUUGCUGGCAAAAGGCAGUAAUCAUGGUGAUGAGUUGCAAGAAAAGGAAGAAAGAAAGACUAACAACGGGUGUCUGAAAUUGUAGUUGCAAGGAUGGACAGAAGGUCAGAUGCUGGGAGAUGCUGAAGAUGAAGGAUUCAAAACAUUUGAAACACCAGAGGUCUCAGGUUCAGGUGCAAGUCCAUCCUAAACUUUCCUCUACUGAAGAUGCAUUGCAGUAUGUGGAGGAGUUAAUUCUUCAGUUGUUAAAUAUGUUGUGUCAAGCUCAACCAAGAAGUUUUCUGGAUGUAGAGGAUCGUGUUCAAAAAAGUUUCCCCCAUCCUAUUGAUAAGUGGGCAAUAGCUGAUGCCCAGUCUGCUAUUGAGAAGAGGAAACGAAGGAAUCCGUUGUCUCUUCCAGUAGAAAAAAUCCAUCCCUUGUUAAAGGAAGUUCUAGGCUACAAAAUUGACCACCAAGUGUCUGUUUACAUAGUAGCAGUAUUAGAAUACAUUUCUGCAGACAUCUUAAAACUGGUUGGAAAUUAUGUGCGGAAUAUAAGACAUUAUGAGAUUACAAAACAAGAUAUUAAAGUAGCAAUGUGUGCUGAUAAGGUAUUAAUGGAUAUGUUCCAUCAAGAUGUAGAAGAUUUAAGUGCACUAACUUUAUCUGAUGAAGAACCCUCCACCUCAGGGGAGCAAACCUAUUAUGACCUAGUGAAGUCAUUUAUGGCAGAAGUUCGACAAUAUAUAAGGGAACUGAAUCUCAUUAUUAGAGUUUUUAGAGAGCCAUAUGCCUCCAACUCCAAACUGUUUUCAUCUCAUGAUGUGGAAAAUAUAUUUAGUCGUAUAUCAGACAUCCAUGAACUUAGUGUGAAAUUACUGGGUCAUAUAGAGGACACUGUUGAAAUGACAGAUGAAGGUAGUCCUCACCCACUAGUAGGCAGCUGUUUUGAAGAUAUGGCAGAGGAAUUAGCAUUUGAUCCAUACGAAUCAUAUGCACAAGAUAUUUUACGACCUGGGUUUCACGAUCAUUUUCUAAGUCAAUUAUCAAAGCCAGGAGCUGCAUUUUAUUUACAGUCGAUAGGUGAAGGCUUUAAAGAAGCUGUUCAGUAUGUUCUACCCCGGCUCCUCCUCGCCCCUGUUUACCACUGUCUUCAUUAUUUUGAACUGCUAAAACAAUUGGAAGAAAAAAGUGAGGAUGAAGAGGAUAAGGAGUGCUUGAAGCAAGCAAUAACUGCCCUGCUAAAUCUUCAAAGCAGUAUGGAACGGAUAUGCUCCAAAAGCCUUGCAAAACGAAGGCUUAGUGAAUCCGCAUGCCGGUUCUAUACUCAGCAGAUGAAGGGGAAGCAGCUAGCAAUUAAGAAAAUGAAUGAAAUCCAGAAAAAUAUUGAUGGUUGGGAGGGUAAAGACAUUGGACAGUGCUGUAACGAGUUCAUCAUGGAAGGAACACUCACACGUGUAGGAGCAAAACACGAGAGACACAUAUUCCUGUUUGAUGGCUUGAUGAUUUGCUGUAAGUCAAAUCAUGGCCAGCCAAGACUUCCUGGUGCUAGCAAUGCAGAAUAUCGACUCAAGGAGAAGUUCUUCAUGCGAAAGGUACAAAUCAAUGAUAAAGAUGACACUAAUGAGUAUAGACAUGCUUUUGAAAUCAUCUUAAAAGAUGAGAACAGUGUUAUUUUUGCUGCUAAAUCAGCCGAAGAGAAAAACAACUGGAUGGCAGCGUUGAUAUCUUUGCAAUAUAGAAGCACGCUGGAAAGGAUGUUGGAUGUAACAAUGUUGCAGGAGGAAAAAGAGGAGCAGAUGAGAUUUCCAAAUCCUGAGCUUUAUAGAUUUGCAGAACCCGACUCUGAAGAGAAUAUUGUGUUUGAAGAAAACAUGCAGCCCAAAUCUGGAAUCCCCAUCAUCAAGGCAGGAACUGUUGUGAAGCUCAUCGAGAGGCUGACUUACCACAUGUAUGCAGAUCCCAACUUUGUUCGGACUUUUCUCACAACAUAUAGAUCCUUCUGUAGACCUCAAGAGUUGCUGAGUUUGCUAAUAGAAAGAUUUGAAAUUCCAGAGCCUGAGCCAACGGAAGCCGACCGUAUUGCCAUGGAGAACGGAGACCAGCCCCUCAGUGCAGAGCUGAAAAGAUUUAGGAAAGAGUACAUACAACCUGUGCAGCUACGAGUAUUAAAUGUGUGUCGACACUGGGUAGAGCACCAUUUCUAUGACUUUGAAAGAGAUGCUGACCUUCUGAAACGUUUGGAGGAGUUCAUUGGAACAGUAAGAGGCAAAGCCAUGAAGAAGUGGGUUGAAUCCAUCACAAAGAUAAUCAACAGGAAAAAGCAGGCACAAGCCAUUGGGCCAAGCCACAACAUCACUUUUGAGAGCCCCCCUCCAGCAAUUGAGUGGCACAUAAGCAAACCAGGCCACACAGAGACUUUUGACUUGCUCACUUUACAUCCCAUAGAAAUCGCUCGGCAGCUCACUCUACUGGAGUCAGAUUUUUACAGAGCUGUGCAGCCAUCAGAGCUAGUUGGAAGUGUGUGGACAAAGGAAGAUAAAGAAAUUAAUUCUCCCAACCUUCUCAAAAUGAUAAGGCAUACAACUAACCUAACUCUGUGGUUUGAAAAAUGCAUUGUAGAAACAGAAAACCUAGAGGAAAGAGUAAUUGUAGUGAGCCGGAUAAUUGAGAUCCUGCAAGUUUUUCAAGAGCUAAACAACUUUAAUGGUGUCCUUGAGAUUGUCAGUGCUAUGAACUCCGCAGCAGUUUAUAGGUUGGAUCACACAUUUGAGCAAAUUCCAAGUCGCCAGAAGAAGAUCUUAGAAGAAGCUUAUGAGCUGAGUGAGGACCAUUAUAAGAAAUACUUGGCAAAACUCAGGUCCAUUAAUCCUCCUUGUGUGCCUUUUUUUGGGAUUUACUUAACCAACAUUUUGAAAACAGAGGAAGGCAAUCCUGAAUUCCUCAAACGACAUGGGAAAGACCUUAUAAACUUCAGCAAGAGAAGGAAAGUAGCUGAGAUAACAGGGGAGAUCCAGCAGUACCAGAACCAGCCAUAUUGUUUAAGAGUGGAAUUUGACAUCAGGCCCAAGAAGUACAGCUACCCUCUCAAGUCUCCGGGUGUUCGUCCCUCCAAUCCAAGGCCAGGUACCAUGAGACAUCCCACACCCCUACAGCAGGAGCCGAGGAAAAUCAGCUACAGCCGCAUCCCGGAGAGCGAGACGGAAGCCACGGCCUCGGCCCCAAACUCACCCCGGACCCCUCUGACCCCACCCCCUGCUUCUGCCACUUCCAGCACCACUGACGCCUGCAGCGUGUUUGACUCUGACCCCUCCAGUCCUUUUCACACAAGAUCUGCUUCUGUGUCAUCCAUAAACUUUGCCAAAGCUUCAGAUGAUGCUCCUGUCCCUCCUCCUGUUCCUCCACGGAGAAGACCAGAAUCUGCCCCAGCUGAAUCCUCCCCAUCAAAAAUUACUUCUGCACACCUGGACAACCCACCAGCAAUCCCUCCUAGGCAACCAACCUCUAAAGUGUAUUCUCCAAGGUACUCGGUGCCCGAUCGGACCUGCAUCUCUGAUUCCUGUGUUACCACUGCAAACCCUCCCGAGUUACCGCCACGGGAACCUGUGCGAACUCCAGAUGUUUUCUCUAGCUCACCACUACACCUCCAGCCUCCACCCCUGGGCAGAAAAAGCGAACUUGGUAACACCUUUUUCCCAAACAGCCCCUCUCCCUUCACACCCCCUCCCCCCCAGACGCCUUCUCCACAUGUAGCACGGAGGCACCUGCCGUCGCCGCCUUUGAUACCGCAGGAUGUGGACCUCCCUUCUGUUGCUGGACCGCCCGUUCCUCCACGACAAAGCACUUCUCAACAUAUCCCAAAGCUUCCUCCAAAAACUUACAAAAGGGAGCACACGCACCCAUCGAUGCAUCGGGAUGGGCCGCCCUUGCUGGAGAACGCCCCCUCCUCCUGAACUGUCCCUCGCGCUGGGAGUCGCAUUUUCCUGGUGCUAUGUCUGUUGCUGGCAAUGGAUGCACUGAACCUGGUGGUGUCAAGGAGUUGGGAUGUGUAUGCCAAACACUAAGAACUCUCCAAUGCCUUGGAAAUGUAGUGUACAGAAAUGGAAUUGCAGAGACAGACUUUCUAGUGGAAAACCCGGUUAACUUGCUGUUCUUGUUUUAGUAUGCAGGACACUGUUCUAAAGUAAUUGGACAGCUGAUUGUACCAGAAAACAGUCUGGAGAGACUUCUUGGGCCAAUGAGCAGAGACUGUGUUUGUGUAAUGAUCAAUCGUGUCCAGUACAGGAAGGAAAAACAGUCUUGUAUCCAUCAGUUCCAUACAGUGGCACAGUUUUCGGAAUGAAAACAUUAUGCACUUUUUUUAAAAUCUCAAACAGGGAACUUUAUAUCCUCCUUAAUUUUCUUUUGCUUUACUUACUCCCUGCUUUAAAAUACCUUCCUAAAAUUAUGAGAAGGACUGUGAGGAAGAUCUGUGGUACCUAACCGAGCUAGAAUUAAGGCAAAGCACUGUGUUGCGGUCCUGUUUACAAGUUGUUACAAUGAGUAGUAGGGGGUACCUAGGCUUCACCAAAGAGGUACUUUAUUAUUAUUUUCUGAAAUACUGUGGUGCCAGUUCAAAAAUAAAUUUUUGCCAGGAAGCAUAAUGUCUAAUUAUUGCUUUCUUUAGAUAGAGCUGAUGAAAGUCUUACGUGAUUGAGGUGACAGCGAAUUUUUUUUUUUUUUAAAGCAGCACUAUCAUCUGAAGCAAAUAUACUACAUUUAGAAGACUGUUAAUCUCUGCUAGGUUAUGUCAUGUUCUUUUUAAGGUUUACUGAUAAUGCAUUUCAUGGCUAGUAGCUAUUCUUUUUCAGUCAUGCCAUGAAAACAGUCACUUGUCAACUUCCAUAGCUAUUGUCAUGUUUUACUAACAAUAGAUUAAUCAGCAUACAUAGGAUUGCCUUGCAGUUGCAUAAAUCGUGUGUAUAUAGUGAAUGUUGCAUAAAUAUACUUGCAGAUUGUUUUUAAUUUAAUUGAAAUAAAGAUAAAGAUAUGUUUGGCUGACAUACGUUAAAUUAUUACGUGGACAAAUGUUCAACUUAGUUUAUUCAUUUAAGCUCUGAGGGGCACAAAAGCCCAUCUUGUGGUACAUAUUUUUCCUAGUUGAGUAUAUGUAUUUUAGUGAUAAAAGACUAAAGAGGUAUUUUUGGCAUGUUAUAAAAUAAUAAUUCAGUAAUACUUGAGAGGCUGGGUUACUCCCAAAGUGAAUUAUUAAACCUUAUGAAAUGUUUCCCAUGUGCUGUAUGACACAUGUUAGAAAAAAUUAAACUUAUAUUAAUCUUUACAGUGGCUUUCUCUGGCCAAAAUACACAUGACAAAACAGGAAUGUUGUAAGUAUUCUGACAUGGUUUAUCCAUAAACCUACAAUGCUGCUCUUCGAUUC